AUGAAGUAGAAGAUGCAUUAGCAAGAGAAUUAUAGAGAAGAAAACUAUAAAAUGAAGCUAAAGAACGAGAAAUUUAAAAAAUAUAUGCAGAAAGUGAAGAAUUAAAACUUUUAAAAGAAAGAAUUAAAACUGCUUAAGUAAAUAAAGAAAGAAACAGAUAAAUAGCUGAGAAUUAACUAAGAACAUUAUAAUAAUUAGUAUAUAAAAAAAAAAUUAAUAUAAAUAAAAGAGUAACUUUUUUUUUAAAGAAAUUAGAAGCGGAGUUAGAAGAAAAUAUACUAAGAAAAUGUGAAGAUGAAAAAAGAUAUGAAGCUGAAAAAGAAAAAAUUUUAGCAGAAUAAAGACUUUAAGGAAAAUAUGUAAUUUAUAUAUAUAUAUAUAUUUUAUAAUAUAAAUUAUUAAUAAAAGGUGUUAUAAUAAUAAAUGAUGGAAAAAAAACUAUAAGCAGAUGAAGCUUAUUAAUAAUAUUUAAUUGAAAAAGAAUAAGUAAAUUAAAUAGUUAGAAGUAUAAUAAAUGAGGAUAAAUAAGCUUUUUUGAAUGAUAAAGCUAAGAAAAAAGAUCUUAUUAAGAUAUGA